CACAACAAAAGCAUCGAAAUGGUUCACAAACAUCGUUCAGCUCAAAAGGCUACAAUCACUAAAGAUAUAAGUCCCAUGCGCAACACGAAUUACAACAAAAUAGCCCUGUCCUCCAGUCCAGUAAAUCGUAACGAUUUCUAUUUGAAAACCAACCUCACUUUACCCUCGGCAGCACCGCAACAAUCAAGCAAUUCAUCCAUGUGGAAGUACAAUGAAAUGGUCAACAAUAAACGAGAGCAGUUCAACAGUCUCCACUUCUGCUAAAGAGCUUCUUGUUCGUUAAUUAUUAGAAAAUUGUCAGUCCAAUAAAUCAGUUCAUUUCUAUUAACCAGAA